CACCAGCUGUUCUAGUGUCAUCUUCAGAAAGUUCCAACUUUUACUCAUACUCUCACACAGUCACACUCUCACUGCUUUGUAAUGUGGCUUUGGAUUCUCUCUUAGAUUUCAUCUUCUUGUUCUUCAUUUGGUGCUGAUAAAGAACUUCAAAAGCACAACUUUCUUGGUUGGUGAGUUCAAAAAUUAGGGUACAGGUGGUGUUUGGAUAAAAGUUUUGAGUUCAAUAGUGCAUUUUGAGGUGUUGUGUGAAUAAAGAUUUGAGCUCAAUUGGGCCUUUUGAGGAGAGAAGACUCUUGGUCAAACUUCUAGUCAAACCGUUUUGGAACGAUGAGGCGUGAAAUCUUGUUCGGAUGUCUUCUGCUUAUGUUUGGAAGUUUGUCCAUUGCAUUAGGUGCUUUUGUCGGAAUAAACAUCGGCACCGAUCUUUUAAACCUACCGUCACCAGAACAAGUGGUGGCAAUCCUUCGAUCCCAUCAAAUAGCACACGUGCGUCUUUUCGAUGCCGAUAAUCAUCUCCUCAGCGCACUUUCCGAAACCGAAAUCGAAGUGAUGAUCAGCGUAACAAACGAAGAAGUUUUAGGAAUCGGACAAUCACCGGCGGCAGCCGCCGCUUGGAUCAACAAAAACGUUGCAGCCUUCGUACCCUCCACCAACAUCACCGCCAUAGCCGUCGGUAGCGAAGUUCUUUCCACAAUCCCGCACGCCGCACCAGUUCUGGUUCCCGCCAUGAAAAACCUUCACAAAUCGUUAGUUUCGUCAAACCUCAAUUCGCAAGUCAAAGUGUCGACCCCGCUAUCAAUGGAUUUAAUCCCGAAACCGUUCCCGCCAUCUGCCGCCACUUUCAACUCUUCAUGGGACUCGAUAAUUUCUGGCGUUCUCGACUUUUUGAAAUCCACCGACUCCUUUUUCAUGUUAAAUGCUUACCCGUACUUCGGUUACGUACAAAGCAGCGGUAUAUUUCCGAUCGAGUACGCGCUUUUUCAACCGUUGUCACCGGUCAAACAAAUAGUUGACCCGAACACACUCUUUCAUUACGACAGCAUGUUUGACGCUAUGGUGGAUGCUACUUAUAACUCCAUAUCAGCUUAUAACCUUUCCGUAAUUCCAAUCCUCGUAACCGAAACCGGUUGGCCAUGGGCCGGUGGCGCAAACGAACAAGACGCCACCGUGGAGAACGCCGAGACGUUUAACAACAAUUUGAUUAAACGUGUACUAAACGGUUCCGGCCCGCCUAGCCAGCCCGCAAUACCGAUGAACACUUACAUUUACGAGCUGUUUAACGAAGACAAGAAGCCCGGCCCGUUAUCUGAAAAAAGCUAUGGUGUGUAUUUUAGCAACGGGAGUUCUGUUUAUACGUUUAGUUUGGAUACAUCUGGUGGGGCCACCGCAAAUGCUUCGGGCGGGUUUUGUGUUGCGAAAAAAGGAUCUGAUACCAGUAGCUUGCAAGAUGGGCUGAAUUGGGCUUGUGGGCCGGGCCAGGCUAACUGUAGUGCUAUUCAAUCGGGCCAGCCGUGUUAUAUGCCUGAUACGAUCGAAAACCAUGCUUCUUAUGCUUAUAAUGAUUAUUACCAGAAAAUGCGUAGCGUGGGUGGAACCUGCGACUUUGGUGGUACCGCGAUGAUAACCACGGUCGACCCUAGUAACGGGUCAUGCAUAUUUACAGGAAGUACAAACUCGAGCAUCGGUGGAACGCUAACACCUGCGUUUGGACCAGAAGGGCCACCUGGAAAUGCAUCACCGGGUCAACUUCCUGACAUCGUGGUUUUGCUUUUGGCAACGCUUGUAUUGUUGAUUGUGUAGAUUUUCGGCGGUUUUGUAUAGCUGAUAUUGCGCGCUUAGUGUUUUGAAUGCCGAGUGUUUGGAACAUCGCGAAAUUAGACAGGAAUUAUUAUUAUUUUAGAUUAAAUUGGUAAAGAUUUGGGUUAUUUUUUGUUGUUGGUUUGCAAAGGUGUGAGUUUAUGAGGCUCAUGGUUGGAGUAGUUGUCAUUUAUGGGAGUAUAUGCUUGUACAUGCCAUUGGUUUGGUUGGUUUUGUACUUGUGUAUGUAAUAAAAUUUUCUUUUAAGUUCAAA